AUGGUAGACCAACCAACGAAAUCCCUCUUGGAGUACGGUAUUCCUGAUACGACUACCGGAGUCCUUUCAAGCAUCAUAAGACCACCAGUCACGGCUCAGCACUUCGAGCUCAAGCCACAGUUCAUACAGUUCAUCUCCAAUGAUUCAUUCGCAGGGCUACCACAUGAUUGCCCCGACAAGUUAGUGAAGGCCUUCCUAGUGAAGUUUUUAGGGAAUAAGAAGACUGCAAGAUUGAGGAAUGAGCUACAAACUUUUAAGCAGUCAGAUGAUGAGUCUCUCUAUGAGGCUUGGAGGAGAUUUAAAAGAUUGCAGAGACAAUGCCCUCACCAUGGCAUUCCAGAUUGGAUUUUGAUGCAGACCUUUUACAAUGGCAUGACUCAUGAGUUCCGUAUUUACAUAGAUGCUGCGUCAGGAGGUUCUCUCUUGACAAAGAACCCCACUGAAGCUAGGGAGCUCAUAGAGAAGAUGGCAGCCAAUGAUAACUAUCAUCCUGGAGGCCGAAGCACUGUGAAAAAGGGAGGUAAACUUGAUGUUGAUGCUUUAACUAUGCUAACUAGUUCUGUGCAGGCACUAACAAGUAGGUUUGAUAAGUUCCAAGUAGGAACUUCUAACACCCCACAGGAGUUGUGUCAGUUAUGUCAUGUGCAGGGUCAUGUUGCUCCAGAUUGCCCACAGAUUUCGCAGAAUGCGGAAGAGAUGUCAAUCGAGCAAGCCAACGCUUUCUACUCCUCUAACCCAAAGAGGCCUUAUGACCCUUAUUCCAACACCUACAAUGAAGGAUGGAAACACCAUCCUAACUUCUCAUACAAAAAUUCCCAAGCACAACAAAACCCUCCACCACCACCUCCACCCAAUACCUACAACCAACCACCACCUGGUUUCCAACAGAAAACACCCAAUGCUCACCAACCAAUGAAACAACAACCUCAGAAAUCAAGCCUAGAGGUGACAUUAGAGAGCUUUAUAACCGCAACAAACAGUGCCAUCCGGCAUCAAAAUAGCUCUAUCCAACAGUUGCAAGCUCAGGGUAAACUUAUGGAGAAUCAGAUAAGCCAAUUGGCCAACCAAUUUAGCCAAGCCCUAAAGACUCCAGGAACCUUCCCGGGCCAGACUGAACAAUCUCAAAAAGGCCAAAUGAAUGUCGUCACCCUGAGGAGUGGAAAGCAGUUGGACGAUCCUUCUACCAAGGAGCCAUCAAGAGAGGUCAUUGAAGAAGUGGGUGCAAGUGAAAAGGAAGUAGAAGAUGCUAGGGUCGAGGAAGCAUCAAAGGAAGCACCACCAAAGCCACCUGCUCCAUAUAUGCCUAAGGUUCUUUUUCCUCAAAGAUUAGCACAAGCUAAACUUGAGAAAAAGUUUAGUAAGUUCCUCGAUGUUCUUAAAAAGCUUCAUAUUAAUAUUCCAUUCCUAGAUGCCAUAUCUGAGAUGCCUUCUUAUGCAAAAUUUUUAAAAGCUAUGCUAUCUAACAAGAGGAAGUUAGAAGAGAAUACUACAGUUGCUUUGAAUGCAGAGUGCAGUGCUAUUUUGCAGAACACUCUCCCUAAGAAAUUAGGAGAUCCAGGUAGCUAUUCAAUUCCAAUGAAGCUUGGAGAUAUUGAGAUCAACAGGGCACUAUGUGAUCUAGGUGCAAGUGUGAGCCUCAUGCCACUAUCUAUAUGCAAGAAGCUGUAG